AUGACCGAUAUGGAUGAAGAACUCAGGAAGCUCCGUGAACAGCUCGAAGAAGCCAAACGCCGAACCGAAGACGCCGAGAAACGCGUCCGAGAAGAGCAGCGCCGACGCGAAGGGGCGGAAGAGGCCGCCAGGGCAUCGCAACCGCUGGCAAUUGAACCUUAUCUUGACGCAUGCCACUCGCUCAGUCUUGCCAUCCAAGUUCUGACCGACCGCUCUUUAACCACCCAAGGCGACACGACUGAUCCUACCGGCCGUGUUUACCCAUCACGAAUUUCUAAAUGGGACGAAUUUGCAGCAAAACAAGAGGAAAUAUGGAAUCUGCUUUCCGAUCCUUCCUUCACCUCCCGUCCUACAUUUCCAUCUCGACACCAGGUGGAUUACGUUCGCUCUUUAAUAGGCCCGAUUAGCAGCGAGCAUGGACUACGGCAUUUUGAGCGUGACACCGUUGAAAAUGCAGUCCAAAAGCUGGUCGAUGCAGUGUCCGAGAACGAACUGCUGCGACAGCGCCUCGGCUUGCAUGGGACCGUAACGUUCGAAAGCCACACGAACCUCGGCGCGGCGGACGAAAGCCUAUCCGAACCUCUCGAUCAGAUGGCCGUCUCUGGGCCCAGUGUCGCAGGUGCGACACCUGCAACGGCCAAAGUCCGGAAACCGCGUCGCACCGCGAAAAGCAAAGGAAAAGGCAAUCGAGCGGACCAGUUCUGCAUAUACAGGACAACGAACGGAGCGAACAUCCCGACAAUGGCAAUCGAGUACAAAGCGCCGCACAAACUAAGUCAGGACGAGGUGGUCACCGGCCUGGCAUCCGCAAUUGAGCCGAAGCGAGACGUGAUUGGCCAAGAUUGCGAAGGCUUCGUGCUCGCGUCAAAGGCGCUUGCCGCCGCCGUGGUCACGCAGCUUUUCUCCUACAUGAUUGGCAAGGGCAUAAAACACGGCUCUUGUGCGCACACCAUGUCAGAGAAUGAGACCAACGUCGCCGCCCUCCUGCCAGGUCUCGGGCAGGACCUCAUUCUACAAGAGCGUCCCAUAUCAUCCCCUGGCCCAGGACAGGUCCUGAUUCGCAACCACAGCGUCGCAGUCAAUCCCGUCGAUUGGAAGCAGCAAGCUAUGGGAUUCAUGGUGGAUUCCUACCCUAAAGUCCUCGGCUCUGAUAUCGCUGGCGUUAUCGUCGAGGCGGGCCCUUCCGUGGAUAGUUUCAAACCGGGAGACCGUGUGUUGGCCGCCGCACCCGGCCAAACCAUUCAAAACAACGAUCAAGCAGCUUUCCAGACCUUCACAGUCGUACCGGUCGCGUUCGUUACCAAGAUUCCGGAUUCGCUGAGCUUCAACGAGGCCGCGACAUUACCUGUAGCUACCAACACCGCGUCAAUCUCAUUUUUUGAUAACUUGGACCUGCCUUUUCCUUCCGACGUUUCGGCCGUCGAGGAACAAAAGCUCGGAUCCUCUAUUCCGGGAGACAUCCUUUUGGUUUGGAGCGCCGGCGGUUCAGUCGGCCGCGCGGUGGUGCAGCUCGCCCGUGUUCUGGGCAGAGAGGUGUACGCGACGGCAAGCCCCCGGCACCAUGAACAGAUAAAAAAGCUAGGGGCCAGCCUCGUUUUCGAUUACCGUUCGCCGACUGUGGUCGAGGAUAUAAAGGCCGCUGCGAGCGCUGCGGGCAAACGAAUAUUGGUCGGUAUUGACAACAACACCAGCGCCGACAGCCUUGCCGGCGUAUUUGGAGUCCUAUCGGACGGGGACGAGAGCGUGAGGAAGAAGCUCCUGACCAUGGUACCUGUGGAAUGGGUCAAGGACGUCGUCGUACCCAAGGAUCUUGACGUAAGCUGGGUGUCUGGCGGGAGCAAAACCAAGGAGGUUCAGACGUGGGUUCACACCGUAGGGAUGCCCUCCUGGCUGGAGAGAGGCAAGAUCGCCCCCGGACCGUAUCGUGUCGUGCCUGGCGGGCUUGGCGGUCUCCAAGCUGCGAUGAAUGAGCUGAAGUCGGGUGUUGUUAGUGGUGAGAAGCUGGUUGUGGAGGUUUAG